GGGGCUCUGAAUCGGGACGGCUUCCGACGGGCUGGCCGCGGAAGACACGACAUGAGCAAGAGGCCGUCUGGGAAGCUGGAAGGCCUGUCCCCCGUGAUCCCAGCUCUGGAGCAGGGGCGCAGACAGGCCUGCCCCGCUGGGACGCACCAGUAGUGACUGCUUUGUGAGGGGAAACUUUACCCCGGGACAGAGCGGCUUACACCGGGUGGGUAUCCAUCAGUGAGCCAGAAUUAAAACUCAGAGUGCAACAGAGAAGUGAAGCAUUUCAGAGACAGACAUUACAGGAGUCCUAAAACAGCAGAAACCUCAUUGAGCUGCAGAUCUCACAUCCCAGUUUCCAGUGUUUUUUCCCAACAGAGCAGAGGCUAGUGUUGGUUUCCUUAUUUUGGCUUGGACUCCUCUCCUGUUCCAUCAGGCAAAUUAACACAAAUGCCUGGUAUUUCUCAGAUUUCUGCCACAGACAUCAUCCAUAAAACCUGCUUCAAACAGGAACAGGAGAUAGGAUCUGUAAAAUCCCAGAGUAAACAAAAAGAGAACUAUUAUUUUGCACUUCUGUAGUGCUUUCCAAACAAGGAUCUCUCACAUCUUUGAAAGCAGCCAGUACACCACGGAGAUGGAAGAUUUUGACAACUACACCUAUUUUUAUGAUAACUAUGAGGAAGAUGAGCAGUUCCAGUCCCAUCUCAGUGUCUCACAUAUGGUAUCCCUUUCUUUAUGUAGUGUCGCAUUUCUCCUAGGGGUGCCAGGUAAUGCCAUAGUCAUCUGGUUUAUGGGGUUUAAAUGGAAUAAAUCAGUCUCCACCCUCUGGUUCCUCAAUCUGGCUAUUGCAGACUUCAUCUUUGUUCUUUUCUUGCCUUUCUACAUUAUAUAUGUAGCACUAGGCUUUCACUGGCCCUUUGGGAAGUUGCUCUGCAAAGUUAACUCCUUUAUUGCUUUAUUGAAUAUGUUUGCUAGUGUUUUCUUCCUGACCUUCAUCAGCCUCGAUCGCUAUAUACGCCUGGUCCACCCCGCCUUUUCAUGCAAGUAUCAGACCCUUAGGAAUGCUCUCAUUCUUAGCGGGAUUAUUUGGCUCUUGGCUGCUAUUAUUGGUGGCCCGGCCUUGUACUUCAGAGACACUACAAUUCAUAACAACAACACCAUUUGUUACAACAACUUUCACCUCCAUGACAAAGAGCUCAUUGUUAUGAGACAUCAUGUUUUGAUUUGGGUGAGGUUUGUGUGCGGUUAUCUGUUUCCUUUGGUGACCAUGGUCCUUUGUUACUCACUUCUGAUUGUCAAAGUUAAGAAGAGAACCCUACUAACCUCCAGCAGGCUCUUCUGGACCAUGGUUGCGGUAGUUGUAGCUUUUUUUGUUUGUUGGACACCCUACCACAUAUUUAACAUUCUGGAACUAUCUGCUCACCAUAGCGAACACUUACAUGGCUUGCUUCAGGAUGCCAUUCCCCUCUCAACUGGCCUUGCCUUCAUUAAUAGCUGUCUCAAUCCAAUCCUCUAUGUUUUGAUUAGCAAAAAAUUCCAAGUCCAUGUUAGAGCAACAGUUUCUGAGGCACUAAAGCUUGCGCUGUGGGAAGUGAGCCGCUCUGGAACAGUCAGUGAACAACUGCGAAGCUCAGAGAACACCCACGUGGCUGUGAACUACCAUGAAACUAGGCAGUAAACGGCUUUUUUCUUUGUUUCACCAGUUAUGAGUUCUUGUUUACUACAGAAUUGCACAUUUAUAUGUAAUGUCAGUGGACUGGUCAAAUUGAUUGCUGGUGCAACUCCACUGAGCUUUUAGAAAUUACUCAUUAGAUGAAGCUCCAGUAAACUUAGGGAUGAAGCUAGCCCAGUGUUUCCUAGCUACUUGCUUAAACACAGCAAAAGUGUAGCUUCAGACAAUGUUCUACUUAGGUUCUAUAUGUUUGCAUAUAUGACUCUGCACACACACGCUUGCAUUAGUUUUUUUUAAAUAUUUUGUAUUCCAGUUUAACACUUGGAUACAGAAUUAAGCACUAUAGAGGCUAUGCCAAAGUAAGCAUUUGCAAACAUCAUUGUGUAUGCAAACUGCAAGUGCAAGAAUGUGUGCGUCACAUUUUAUACAAACACAAGUGGAGGACUAUGUAUUAAAUCUGGUCCAUAACUUGGUUAUGUAACAGAUACAGUCCUGUAUACAAAUAGGAACAUUUACAAUGUAUAUGGGGCCCUAUAUAUGUAUUUAUACAACAGCACAUAUAUUUACAAAUACUUCUUUAUAGCAUCAUUCUGAAAUAGAUGUAAAUGAACUAUUUAUAUUUCUAAUACAUCCUUGUUGUGGUCCAAUCUCAUUGAAUCUCAAGAGUUUAGGAGGCUCUCAAAAGCACAUAUAGAUGCUGCAAAACAUGGGAUUAGUAAUUUAAUUGGCAACACUAUAUCAUCUGUCAUUACGGAACCAACAACUCGGCCUGUAUUAUGGGCCCCAUGUAGCUGAACGUGCCUAAACCAAAAGUAAACGGAAGAAAUACCAUACUGAAUCUAACCAUAGGCUUAUCUAGCCCAGUGUGUACUGCAUCUCAGUGGCACAGCGUAUUGAUCUGUCUCUUGCCACCCUUCCAUUACAGCUUCUAACAUACAGAAGCCUAUGGUUUGGAAGAUAUGAUCCAAGUAGAACCCUUUUCAGUCUCGGAGAUAAGCCUUAUUUCAGCAAUUCUUUGAUACCACUUUUGUUCAGGCAAUGGGGUUAGUAGAAAAAUCAGUAACAAUACUAAAGAAUUUGAUUUUGAAUACCAGAGAAGAUUCAAGGGAGCUUCCUUUUUUUCCCCUAAUAUCACAAGAUGCUGCACAAUGCUUUAUAAACAUCAGGAGUUUAGAAAUUCAUAGAACAGAGCAAAAACUUUAAUGCCAACAUCUAGCAAACUUGUUUAGCUGAAAAAAACCUAGCCAGAAGCAGUUACAAAAGAGCUAUGGAACUAAACAAGCUAUGACAAGAAUGCUAGUUACCCCUAUUGCAUGCGGAGAAAGGCACUCGCUAAUUUGCCCACCAGUCAGAUGACAUAACUCCCCAUUCAAGACAUCUGAACACAACCAAAGAUGUUGAGCGUCUGCUUCCUGAGGAUAUCCACAAUACUAGCAGAACUUGUACACUGACAGAUGGAAGGACACCUGCUCACUCAAGUCACUGACAAUGGAAAAACACCAGGAAUGGUAAACACCUUUUACAGAUUGUAGAUCCAUCUUAGUGCCCACAGGCCACUGAAAAAAAAGGAACUAUCCUGAGAACAGGAUAUGUCUGUGCAGUUGGAAAGCCAGAAAACUAAAAAUGAGACACUGACAGAUACCCUGUAAAAGGCAUGAUGGUUCUCUCGUGUGUAAGUCAUUCACUGUGAUUUAUUUCCCGAGUUGUCUCUGGGAGGUUUAUUAUUUGGAUUAAUUUGUGCUUGCUACUUACGUUAUGCUCUGGUUUCUCUUCAGAAGGAAUGAAUAAACUCAUUUUUUUA